CCCGGGCCCCCGCUCGGCGCGCUCGCGCCCGACCCCCCACGCCCGGCGCCGCGCCCGCGCGCGCGCGCCGUCCCCCCGGAAUUAGUGCGCGAUGGGCGGCCCCGCCAAGCACGGCGAUGGAGCCCCCGAGCCGCCGGAGGAGACGUCGGACAUGAGGGCCGACACGGACGACCCAGUCCAGAGGGAAGGCAGACGCAGGCUCCUCGAGAUCUACAUCCUCGACAUGCGGGACAAGACGUCCAGCAGCGGCAAGUACAGUGAAUUCAUGUCCGAGGCGGAACGUCACGAGUUCCACCAACAUCUGAAGAAGGCAGAGGACUGGAUGCACGACACCAAGGACGCCACCAAGGCCAUGUACGUUCAGAAGCUCGACGGGCUCAUCGACUUGGGCGAUCUUGUCGUGCGGCGUCACGAGGAGCGCGAGAAGAAAACGCCGCCGAAGCUGGCUCCGAACCCCCUGGAGCCGCCCACAACGGUCAAGAAGGAGGUUGCGGAGGAUCGCGACAAGAACAGGGCGCCGAAUCUGAAGCCAGAGGCCCCAGUUGCACCGCAGGAGGUCAAGAAGGAGGCGGAGGACGGCCAGUGGAUGGAAGUUACGAAGGAGGCGCCCGACCCUGGCAGCGAUGACGAACCACCCAUCACGAAGCUGAGAAUGCCCAUGUGGCUCUACAAGGCGAAGGAGGAAGAGGUGAAGAAGCUUGAUCGGGACAGCGCCUGGCUGAGCCCUGAGGAACAGGCGGGCCUGCAGCCCGUGAAGCAGGCGCCUGCCGACGAAGAUGGCGUCGCCGUCACCUCCGCGACGGUGGCCAAGAGGAGGAGGAUCACAGUGAAGCAGGAGCCCGCGGACGAGGACGAGCGCGGAGGCAAGACCGUGUCCCAGGAGGUGGCUUCCAGCGAGUCUUACAAAGAGCGCGAGAUGUUGGCGCAGCAAGCGCGAGUCUUACUCAGCGACGUCAAGCCAGACGCCACUGCCGCCAAGAAGGAGGAGGCUAAAGAAGAAGCAAAGGUCGAAGUAGAGAAUGAGGUGAAGGCGGAAUGGAAGACAGAAGUGAAGAUGGGGGUGAAGGCUGAAGAAACGCCGGGAACCAAGAGCGAGGUCAAGGUGCAGAUGAAACAAGAAGUUCCGAGCGAGGCGUACGGGCCCCUCGACGGCCGCUGGAUCACUGCGGGCAAGCAGGAGUUCACGAUCGAGGGCGAGAGGAUAACAUGGGACGACGGCGACGUCUGGAAGAUCGAGGCGAUCGGCGGCUCCUUCUUCGCCGUCACGGCGGGCGGCAUGAAGUACUUCAGCGCGGAGCUCGACGACGGCAAGCUGAAGUGGAGUGACGGCGACAUGUGGACGCGUCUGUGGGCCAAGGUGAAGGUUGAAGUGAAGAAAGAAGUCAAAAGCGAGGUGAAGGUUGAAGUAAAGACUGAGGUGAAGAAUGAGGCCAAGAUGGAGAUCAAACAGGAGGUCAAGCAAGAUACCAAGCAGGAGGUGAAGCAGGAGCCGCAGCAGGACGGGAAGCCAGAGCCCGAAGAGUCCGAUGGCCAGCUCUGCGGGGGUCCGCCCCCUGACCACGAUCCGGCGUCGACUUCUGCAGACGACCGUGCGGAAGGAGAGGCGGAGCUGGUCAAGGUCAAGGCCGAGCUGCAGGACAAGCGGUUCGACAAUCCGUCGAGCUUUGCUGCACGUCUUCCUAUGUGGAUUGGCAUGUGCAUCGACUUCCAGAAGGAGAAGAAGACUUGGGCCCCGUCAAGGCCUUGCUGUUUACCGUGCUUCUACCAAGACCAGCCUGCAGCUCCUCCGAGGGACGAGCUCACAGCUUGCUACCACCGGCUGACCAAGGAGCAGCGCCGGGAGUUCAGGGAGUUCAUCGAGAGCGGCCAGUCAGAUCACAAGUGGCAAGGGAUGUUUUCCACGCGCGUGUGGGACACCAUGCUUCAUCCUGAACUUGCGAAGCGGCGGCGUCUUCCCAAAGGCCCGAUCAAGCGCCGCCUACCUGGUCCCGAGUGGAACUGCGACUUGCCGUGGUUCGAGUACGAGCUUCCCGGCUGGGUGUGGAAGGGCCACGGCUGGAUGCUCACCGCUGACUACGGUCGCAGGCGCGUAACGCCAACAUGCAUCGCGCCAGGGUCGGAAGUCUUCGAGGGCCAGGGCCAGGUGAAGGUCUCGCACAACGCGGCUAGCGACAGUGCACUUGACCCCAGCGCUGCUGGUGAACAGGCGACGGCAGGGCUGCAGCCCGCGCCCGCGGAGGGCGACGCCCCGGCGAGGGAGCGGCGGCCCCCGGCUGCCGGGCCAGCGGCGCCGCCCCUGGCGGGGCCGGCAGUGCCGGCUGGAUAUGCUCGGGGUAAGUCUUUUGGCGGCGGGAAGUUCAUGGUGGUCGCGAAGCAGAGUGGCGUCCCUGGGGUCUGCUGGUCGGUCACAAAGCAAGGUUGGAAGGUAAGCUGGCAGGAGGGCCACAAAGGUCGUGCGAAAUGCUUCCCGGCGGCUCGGUACCAGCAGCCCGGGCGGGGCCCGGAGGCCGCCGAGGCGGCGGCGCUCCAGGCCGCGGUCGCCUUCCGGCGGGAGCUGGAGAGGGCCGGGCAGGCGAGGGCGCCCAAGGCCGCGGAGCGGCGGAGCGGCGUGCCGGGAGUGUUUUGGGAGAGCAGCGGCAGGGCUUGGCGAGUGCAAUUGAAGUCCGUAUCAGCCUCUGGAAAGCAGACGCGCAUCCAAGGGGGCUCUUUUCGCCCGAAGGACGACACGCCCGAGGAGGUGGAGCGGGCGCGGCUCCUGGCCGUCGCGCGCCUCCGGGAGCUGGAGCGGGAGCAGGGCCGCGCCGUCGAGGUGCGGGAGGGGGCCGCCGCGCCGCGAGUGCAGCGCCAGAGCGGCGUCCAGGGCGUCAGUUGGAGAGCUCGCGACUCGACUUGGGUAACUCGGUACAAGAAGCGGCACGGCUCAGACAAAGGCCGCCUCAUACGGUCCACCUUCCGCCCGAAGGACGACUCCGCGGAGGAGGUGGAGCGGGCGCGGCUCGCCGCCGUCGAAGAGCUGCAGAAGCUCAGGGAGGAGGACCGCGCGCCGGGGCGGGCCGCGGCGGGGGGCGGGGGCGCGCGCGGGCGGCGCGCUGGGCGGGGGCGAGCCUAGCAGUCCGAUCGAGGGCGCGGGCCUCUCGGCCGCGGGCGGCGCCGUUCGCCGAGGCGGAGGGCGAGGGGGGAAGGAGUUGGGCGGGAAUAGGUCUUGUUGCACGUCGCAGCUCUGCAGCGCCGCGCCUGCCAGAGUCUGCUCUUCUAGGUGAAUCGCACGGCGGGCGCUGCUCGAGCACGAAGCGCCGCCGAGCCGAGCCGAGCGCCCCGGCCUCUGCCCCUGUGCCGCGGGAGCGCUUCGCAAAAGCGACCGCCUGCCCGUCGUCCUCCGCGCCCUCCGCCCCUCACGCCAGGGGGCAGGGAGCGCCUCCGACUGCGACGGGGGCCAGCACGCGCUUGCUCCGCCCCCCUCCGUCUCCCCACUCCUCCCCCCCCCUGGCCGUGGGGCUUCGGGGCGCUUCCUGGGUUACGCUCGAGGGCGAGGCGGAGCAGUGGAGCCGAAAAAGGAUACG